GAUAUCGAUAUCGGCGAUACUGGUCCAGUAUUUACUUGGUAUCCAAAGCUUGCAGUAUCGCCUACCACUACUAGUUGAUCUCCUUCGUGCUUGCUAUGUUGUACUGUAAAUAAAAGUCAUUUAUGCUCGCCAAAAUAAAGAGCAUCUCAGUUUUUACACCAACUGGUUUCCACCCUGUUGGAUGUUGGUGUUUGUUACAGUGCAAAGUCAUAUUAAAAACCAGUCUCUGGUCAUUUAUAUCUGUGCCAAAUAACAGAAAUGGGUCGAGGCACGGUGGCUAAAUUAAAGUAGUCAGUCUUCCUGGAUGAAACUGCAGAAUUUGUUGCACUGAACCAAAUAAUUCCCACAAGCCAGAGAGAGAAAGGGGGAGGGCUCGUCUUGUUAAACACCCUCCACCCUCCUCCAUUUUUUUCUUAUUUGUGCACUUGUUCCUUUCGAGGCAUCCUCGCCGUGUCGCCUUUUUAAGUUGAGUUGCUGGUAGAGAUUUCCUUCCUUCUGGGAUCUGUUUCAACACCUGUGUCAUAAGGAUACUGUGGAACGCGUAUCAUGGAACACAAAAAGACAGAAGUUCAUAUGAACAAGGUAGCCAAUCUAUUUGAGCACUUGUGAGUCAGCAGAGUGGGACAUUUGCUAACAAAUACAUAAGCACUGGGGAGAGUGUUUUUCCUUUGGCCUCCAAUGGCCUUCGUGCUUGUUUCCCAAGUCCAGGCAUGACUGUCACCCCUAAAAAAAAAAACGAGCAGAGACACACCAAGCCGACGUGAAAGACCAAUGAUGACCAGCGAUGAAGGCCAACUGUUGCGUCACCUCACAUCAGCUUUAUCUGGUCCAGUCAGGUGGAAAAAGUGACACCUGAACACACCGCACAGACUACAGCCAACGGCCAAGCAUAUCCGGUCCAGCUCAGAUGGAUGACGGGGAUGACCUGCGGUCGAGGCACUCCUCUGAGGAUUCACUGGCUUCAUCCGCGACUGAGCCCAUCAACCUAGAAGAUUCCCAUUAUGUUGAGCUGUGGGCGGAGAUGGAGGCGGAUGCCCGGAAUCUGGAGGCAGAGUCCUGGAGCGUGGCUGUGGACCCAAACUAUGUGAAGAGCCUGACCAAAGAGGCUGUAAAUAGACAGGACGUCAUCUAUGAGUUGAUGCAGACAGAGAUGCACCAUGUGCGCACCUUGAAAACCCUUUAUCAUGUCUACAUGCAUGAGUUAAGGCAGCUGAUAGAAGAAGACAGACUUAACAGGCUCUUCCCAGGAGUGAAAGACCUGCUCAGCCUCCACCAGGACUUCCUUAACUGCCUCAAAGCACACCAAAACCAGAGUCAGAAGGAAGGAGGCCCAAACAGCUACCAGAUCACAAAGCUGGGGGAGAUCCUCAUCUCUCAGUUUUCGGGCCAACUGGGAAAACAAAUGAUGGAAUUCUACAGUCUCUUCUGCAGCCAUUACAAUGAAGCCAUCAGCCUCUACAAAGAACAGCUGCAGAACAGCAAGAAGCUGCAGUCUCUUAUUAAGAAAAUAGGUCAGCUGUCGCUAUUGCGAAGGUUGGGAAUCCCUGAAUGUUUUCUCUUGGUGACUCAGCGCAUCACAAAAUAUCCCGUCCUGGUUGAGCGAAUCAUACAGAACACCGAAGCUGACACAGAUGAGUACCAGGCACUGUCACAGGGUUUGACGUUAAUCAGACGCACCAUCUCCCUGGUGAAUGAUCGGGUCAGGGAGUAUGAAAAAGCUGUUCGUCUGAGAGAGAUUGCCCUGCGUCUGGAGCCAAAAUCUCAGGGGCGGAUGAAGGACGGCCAGCUGUUCCGCAGAGAAGAUCUAAUCCAGGACAACAGGUCGCUGCUGCAUGAAGGCACUGUCACCUGGAAGUCCUCUAGUAAACAGAAAGAUAUCAGUGUGCUAGCGGUGCUGCUGACAGAUGUGCUCCUCCUCCUACAAGAGAAAGAUCAGAAGCUUGCAUUUGCUGCUGUGGACAACAAGCCACCAGUGAUCUCCCUUCAAGGGCUGAUAGUUAGGGAAGUGGCCCAUGAAGACAAAGCCAUGUUCCUUAUCUCUGCCUUCACCUCCAGCUUGCCGGAGAUGUAUGAGAUCCGCACGGGCUCCAGAGAGGAACGCAACACCUGGACAGCCCGCAUAUGGAAGGCUGUGUCUGACUGCUGUCCAGACGACGAGCUGUCCCACAAACUGACUGCUAAACUGCAACGGUGUCAAGAUUAUCUAAAGGAGAAGGAUGACCUUAUUAUAGGAAGUCUAGCAGACAAGCAGCAGAUGUUUGCUGAUCUCUACAAGAAUGUGACAGAGCAAGAAUACCCCCACAAAGGGCUGCUGCUCCGGGGAGAUGCGACUGACCUCCAGCAGGGGGAGGCACUGUUCAAGGCAGCCAUGGUAGAGGUGGAAAACCUGCAGAACCUGUUAUUCUCAAGGAUAACAGAGAAAAACCUUUUGGAUGAGAGUGGGCCACUCAGGCAAACUCAGACAUUUGCAGCGGCUGGAAGUGACUCCAACGCAAACACCACCCAAAAUGGAGAUGUACCUGAGAGGCGGCGUAGCAGUGACGGCAGUUUGUUGUACAUCAGUCACACCACCAGUGACCCUCAGCUCCAGGAGGUGUACAGCUCUGCAGGCCUGGAACAGUCUGCUGAUGACAACACACUCCCUGUACCAAACUGUAAUUCAGUCUCCAGUCAUUUCCCUGAGGCAGAGUUGUAUGACAGAGUGAUGUUGCUCGCGCAGAAGCUCUACAGUUUACAGGCAGUCAUUGUCCAGCAGGACAGCCAGAUUGAGCUGCAGCGUGCUUUUCAAUUGGAGAGACAGCAGACCAGCCGCCAUUACAGCUUUGUGCUGCUUGAUCAGGAGAAGCAGCGCAACUUAGAGAAGCAGAAAGAGGAACUUGCCAACUUGCACAGGAUGCAGGCUCAGCAACGAGAGGAGCAGCAACGCUGGGAGAAGGAGAGAGAGCGGCAGAGGAUGCAGAUUGAAGCCCUGGAGGGUCAGCUGCAACAGAGAGAGGAGGAGUGCAGGAAGUGGGAGGAGAAACUCGACGAGGAGAAGGCUGAGCUGGAGAGACAGAAAGAAGACCACCAGCAGAGCCUGGAGAGGCUGAGGGAGUCCAUAAAGUCUGUAGAAAAGGAGAAGGAGCGUCAGACGCAGGAGAGGGAGCGCUUGGAACAGUUACAGGAGAAAAUUAAGAAACACUUGAGCCUGAUAAACCCUGGAUACGCCAACUAUGAGGAUCCCACACAAUACUCGGCUCUCUCCAGUUCCCAGUCAUUCAGUGGAAGUAUGGUGAAUGGAGGUGGAACUCUACCCUACAAACCCCACAUCUUGUACAGCACCACCACCUUUAGUCCCAUGGAAAUUCCUCCAAAGGUCCCACCACGCAAGGAGAGCAUCCUCUCCCCCCCAGCCAAAACUGAGCCGCCCAUCCACCUGAUCAGCACCACCAACCAGGUGCACAAACCUGCGGUCGUGCAGCAGCGGAUCCCCACCAAGCUGGCUACUGUACCCAAGGAAAAGGAGAAAGGCUUCAAGACAAAGAGCUCCCACCAAAGAACACACAGUGCAGCCAAUAUAGAUGUGAAUCAGGUGGUACCCAUCCGAGUGAAGGGAAAAGGAGGAGGAGGAGGCACGCUGAGAGCCAAGAUGGACGCCAGUCCUCAAAGAAUCUACCACUCAGAUACCUUCAGAACAGCUGAAUCUCCCCAGAGUGUGAAAAGCGCUCAGUCAUUCAUUAGGCACAAGAGGAGCAACAGCGAGGCUUCUCCACCAGUGCCACCUCCGUUCCCCAAAGAUGUUCUUGAAAAGGGCAAAGAGAAGGUAAUAUUCCUUUAACCAUAAUCUACAGACUGGAGUUUAGAGAAGGCCUCUGGAACCACAAAGACUUGAACACAUGGAAAGACUAGUGGAGCUUUGAAAAGACGUGGCUUCAUGAUGUCCAUAUGAGUCCAGUGUGAAGAGCCUCGUUACUAUUAUGCCGCUUAAUCCCUGGAAACCAACAGAUAAAAAGCUACGUGAUGGACAUGUUUCAUAAGAGGCCGCUCAAAAGAUGUAAAAAGUUGGGAUUGUUUGUACAUUGGGAAAGAUGUUUUAAAUGAAGAAGCUGCCACAACUCUUCUUGCCAAAGACUUUUUUUCUGAACUUUAUCAUUUUAUCUGAAAUGAAAGUAGGGUUUCUUUAGCACUCGUGUCUUAAGUCUUUUCUUUUUAAUUGAAUGGAUUAUAAAUGCAGUGUGAGGAAGCUAUAGGCAUGCCACAUUUACACCUGUUUGGAUAUGAAGUACCAAGCACAACAUGAAUCGGGUAACCUUGAAAUUAGUACUGUGGACCUGCCUCUCAGUAUCUGUUCUAAUCAGCUGUUCAAUGAACAGUUUGUGGAAGAGUCUGAUUGUUGCAGUGACGAGUCAGCAGGUCCAGUAUUUGUGCGGAGCCUGUAUGUGCACUUCCUGGCUGGAGACGGUGAGCGUUCAUGACAUGACCAUAUCUGCAGGAUUGUUUCAGUUCACAACUAGACAUCUGUUUUUAGCAUAUGAGAAUUCUGAGUGUGAUUCCCUGUUAAAUAAUUUAACCUUAUGUUGUGCAUUGGCUACUGUCACCUUUGGAUUCCAUGUAGAAUAUUGUCCAGUUCCUAAGAAAUGGAGCAUGGAAUUAAAAAAUGGUUGACUUUA